AUGUUUACCUUAACCAAAUUAAUAAGAAAUAAUUAUAAACAACUGCCGAUAAGUGCUAUGUCAAUAUCUAAGUAUUCUCAUAAAUCAAAACCUGGUUCUCAAGUUGAAAGAUCAGGAACCAAUCAGAAGAGGCCCAGAGAGACAACACCUAUUGACCACCUUGGUGAACAACCGUCACAUCCUCCGCAAGUGAUAGACGAGCCUCUCCCUCCUUGGCCAAAUAACACCAAUCCACAUACAGGAGAAAUUGGUGGUCCCAAAGGACUAGAACCCACUAGGUACGGAGACUGGGAGAGGAAAGGAAUAUGUACAGAUUUUUGA